UAGCUAAAUGAGUAUAAUCUUCGUGGUUAUCUCUCCGAUCAGAUGUCAGAAAUCCAUGACAGAACCAGCCAUACAAAAAAUAUAUGACUGUCUCGUUAUCUAACGUUAGUUGGCCUUUGGGAAAUGUAAGGUUACUUUAGCUGCGUUCAUGGAUUUGUAAAAUCCUAUCAUAAACAGCGUGCUAGAUAGUUGUUUUGAAGUGUAUAUAUAUAUAUAUCUUUUCUUUCUUUCGUGAAUGCUGGUUUGCUUGUUAGUUAUGAGAAGGUUAACGUCUGAUGGCUGACUGUAGGUAACGUUACUGUAGCCCAGUACAGAGGAGACUCGGAUGUCGAAAUAAAACGUUUUGGCAAUCAAAAACAACAGCUAGCUGGGUCCUAAAGUAGACGGACAACGUUAGCUAUUUUCAUAGCUCAUCAAUUGUUGCAAUAUUGAUGUUAGCUUGUGAUUUUUUAAAUAUUUUUUUAAUCACAUUUUUUUGUUUGUUGUUGCACUGUCUGGGACCUAAAUGACUGUUUGGACAAUCAAGGGUAGAUAAAAAAUCAUAAAUAUCAACUGUUAAACCUAGAAGACAUUUAUUCAUCCAUCGUAUUUGAUCUGGACUAUGUUAGAUUAUUAGAUAGUCCGGGCGAAUGUGCUCGUCUAGCUCACAGAUUGAAGGGGGUGAAAUAAGGAGAACUCCUUGGAGAAACCGCCCGUCCCAAUUAAUCCCACCAGCCAUGGCAGUCCUGGGCCGAAUGUCGGGGCUGGCACUGGGGCUGUACGGCAUCCUUCUCCUCAGUCCCGUCGCUGCUGCCCAGAGCGAGGAGCGUGAGUGUGCCUUCAACGACCAGCAGCAGCAGUAUGAGGAGCAGCGUGUGGGAGGAGCAGGAGACUGGCCUAUGACCAGAGAGAAUACUACAAUACGCUGCAGUAAGGGCUCUCGAUGUUAUGGCCUGUGGGAGAAGACCAGAGACGGAGAGAUACACCUGGUCAAACAGGGAUGCUGGACUCACAUCGGGGACCAGCAGGAGUGCCAUGACGACCGUUGCGUGGUUACCACCACUCCGUCUCAGAUUCAGAACGGGACGUAUAGGUUCUGCUGCUGUAGCACCAACAUGUGUAACGUCAACUUCACCGAGGACUUCCCCCCGCCCAGCCCCACCUCUGCACAACUAUACCCACGGCCGCUGUACCGCGAGGAGACCAUCGUGAUCGCCCUGGCGUCUGUCUCCAUAGUAGCGGUGCUGAUCGUGGCGCUGUUCUUCGGGUACCGCAUGCUGAGUGGAGAUAGGAAACAGGGACUACACAACAUGGACAUGAUGGAGGCCGCAGCCUCAGAACCCAGCCUCGACCUGGACAGCCUUAAACUACUAGAGCUGAUUGGUCGAGGGCGGUAUGGCUCCGUGUAUAAGGGUUCUCUAGACGAGCGUACCGUGGCGGUCAAGAUGUUCACCUACCAGAAUCGUCAGAACUUUGUCAACGAGCGAGCCAUCUACCGUGUCCCCCUGCUGGAGCACGAUAACAUCGCACGCUUCAUCGUAGGAGACGAGAGACUCACAGCCGACGGACGCGUGGAGUACCUACUGGUCAUGGAAUAUUACCCUCAUGGUUCUCUGUGUCAGUACCUGAGUCUGCAGACAGGAGACUGGGUCAGCUGUUGUCGCCUCACACACUCUGUCACACGGGGGCUGGCCUACCUGCACACUGAGCUGCUGAGAGGAGACAUCUACAAGCCAGCCGUAUCUCACAGAGACCUGAAUAGCAGGAAUGUUCUAGUAAAGAACGAUGGGACAUGUGUGAUCAGUGACUUUGGUCUGUCCAUGAAGCUGACAGGGAACCGCCUGGUCAGGCCUGGAGAGGAGGAGAACGCUGCCAUCAGUGAGGUGGGUACAGUCCGCUACAUGGCCCCAGAGGUUCUGGAGGGGGCGGUGAACCUAAGGGACUGCGAGUCGGCUCUGAAGCAGGUGGACAUGUAUGCCCUGGGCCUCAUCUACUGGGAGACCUUCAUGAGGUGUACUGACCUCUUCCCAGGUAAUAACCCUGACCUCUAACCCUGGGCCUGGUCUACUGGGAGACCUUCAUGAGGUGUACUGACCUCUUCCCAGGUAAUAACCCUGACCUCUAACCCUGGGUCUCGUCUACUGGGAGACCUUCAUGAGGUGUACUGACCUCUUCCCAGGUAAUAACCCUGACCUCUAACCCUGGGCCUCGUCUACUGGGAGACCUUCAUGAGGUGUACUGACCUCUAACCCUGGGCCUCAUCUACUGGGAGACCUUCAUGAGGUGUACUGACCUCUUCCCAGGUAAUAACCCUGACCUCUAACCCUGGGCCUCGUCUACUGGGAGACCUUCAUGAGGUGUACUGACCUCUUC